AUGGAGGAAAAUUGCGUUCUCAAAACCUUGAUAAUCGGUGGCACAUGCAGCGGCGUCGGAAAGACUUCUCUUGCGACUGCAAUAAUGACUGUCCUGAGGAGACGAGGGAUGACGGUCCAGGGAUACAAAAUUGGGCCAGACCUUUGUGACCCCAUUCAGCACGAAGCUGCGACGGGAAGGCCGUCAGGAACCCUGGAUGGCUGGAUGCUCAGCCGUGAGCAAAACCUGGCGACUUUUCACCGCCACGCAGAGGGGUCAGACCUCUGCAUUGUCGAAGGAGCGGCUGGAUUGUUCGAUGGUCGGGACGGCAAAUCGGAGGAGGGCAGCACUGCAGAGAUGGCAAAGUGGCUAGGGGCACCAGUCGUGCUGGUGUUGGACACCUUUGAGAUUGGGCGCAGCGCUGCAGCCAUGCUGAAGGGCUACCAAGCCUUCGACAGCAGCGUCAAAUUGAAAGGGCUGCUGCUCAACAGAGUCGCAGACAGCGAGCAGAUCCAGCGCUUGGAAGAGGCAGUGGAGGCAGCAGGAAUCGAUGUUCCCGUUCUGGGGGGCCUGCGCAGGAUCAGCGAAGACGGCAACUCCACAAAGGACAGACGGCCGGGCCUGGUGAGGCUGGUGGAGGACCACGUGGACAUCGAUGCGCUGCUGGCCAUCGCAGGAACUGCCGCGGUGCCGCCGCCGCCCGCGCACCUCGCCCCACAGCCCGCGCCGCCGCAGCCCCGGGUCCGCCUGGGGGUGGCCAAAGACGUCGCCUUUGGGCACUGCUACACCGAGAACCUGGCGCUGCUGAGGGAGGCGGGGGCGGAGCUGGUGUUCUUCUCGCCGCUGGUGGACUCGCUGCCGGAGGGCGUGGCGGGGCUGUACUUUGGCGGGGGCUGCCCCGAGCGCUACGCAGAGGAGCUGGCCAGCAACCGGCAGCUCAUGGCAGCCGUGCACGCCUUUGCGGAGGCCGGCGGCGUCAUCUAUGCUGAGUAUGCCGGCCUCAUCUACCUCAGCCAGAGCGUGCAGCCCAUCGGCAGCCUCCCCUGUGCCAUGGCCGGGGUGUUCCCCUUCCGGACGCAUCUGACGUCGGCACGGCUGAAGCGCGGCUACGUGGAGGUGACUGUGGAGGAGGCCUGCCCGCUGUUUGCGCCCGGCGCACCCGCGCGCGGCCACGUCUGCCACACCGCCGAGAUCCUGCAGGUGUGGCGCAAGUUUCCACCCACACUGACAACGAUUUUGCCUGUGCCAAAUGCGCAACAGGGCUACAGCUGGAAGAACGUGCUGGCGAGCUUUGUGCACCUGCACUUUGGCAGCCGGCCGGGCCUGGCAGCUGAGCUGGUGGAGCGCUGCGCGGUGGUCGACCUGUUCGCCGUCAGGGCGGCUGCCGCCGCGGCCGCGGAGGCUGCCGGGCCGCGCAGCUUCCCUGCAGACGCCAAUCGCGGCGGCCGUGGGUACAACAGCGCGCACGUGUCCCCCGAGUCCACCACGAACUUCCCCUCAGGCGCCCGCCCCAUCUUCCCGGUGCGGCUGCCUGCUCGACUGCCCUACGCCUUGCAGAUUGUCUUCAGGAAAACUGUUCUUGGGCUGCCUAAUGAUUUAGAUCCUCUGGAUCCUCAGGCCUGA